UUAUUUUAAAUUCAUAACACCAUUAUCGUCAUUGACUCAAUCAUCUUGAUAUCAUCACCUUUACGCGUUACCUUCAUAAAACAGGAUCCGAAUCCGUUUCCGUGAAUUGUUUCAGUUCUUGCUUGUUUGUUUGUGAAAGUAUGGGGAGUGAACAGGUGACGAAGAAUAAGGAGGUGUUCAAUGCAGCGGCGGCGAGUGCGGUGGUUAAUGAGCUGAGAGGAAGUUUCUCUGCGGGAAAGACUCGGAGCUACGAGUGGAGAGUGGCUCAGUUAAAGAGUAUGUUCAAGAUGCUUGACGAACACGAGCCGGAGAUUGUCGCCGCUCUUCGUGAUGAUAUCUCCAAGCCUGAACUUGAAGCCUCCCUUUACGAGGUAGGUAUGUUGAAGGGCUCAAUCCGAUUGGCACUGAAGGAACUGAAACGCUGGAUGGCACCAGAGAAGGCUAAAACUGAAAUUACCACUUUUCCUUCAUCUGCUGAAAUAGUGUCAGAACCACUGGGAGUUGUAUUGAUUAUCUCGGCAUGGAACUACCCUUUCUUGUUGUCUCUUGAUCCAGUUGUCGGAGCAAUUGCAGCUGGUAAUGCCCUGAUUCUAAAGCCAUCUGAAAUUGCUCCAGCUUCAUCUUCAUUGCUUGCAAAAUUAGUGGGAGAGUAUAUGGAUUCCUCUUCCAUCAGGGUUGUUGAGGGGGCUGUUGCUGAAACAUCUGCCCUGCUGGAGCAAAAAUGGGAUAAGAUAUUUUAUACAGGCAAUGGAAGAGUUGCACGAAUUGUGAUGGCUGCUGCUGCAAAGCACCUUACACCAGUUGUCUUGGAGCUUGGAGGAAAAUCUCCAGUUGUUGUUGAUUCAGGCAUCAAUUUACAAGUUGCAACUAGGCGGAUUAUCAUGGGCAAGUGGGGUUGUAAUAAUGGACAAGCAUGCAUUUCUCCUGAUUAUAUUGUAACCACAAAAGAUUAUGCCCCAAAAUUGGUGGAUAGUCUGAGAUGCGAAUUGGAGAAUUUUUUUGGGAAAAAACCAAUGGAAUCAAAAGACUUGUCUCGCAUUGUGAACUCCAACCACUUUGCUCGCCUGUCAAAUAUGUUGGAUGAUGAUAAGGUUGCUGGAAAGAUAGUCCAUGGAGGAGAAAGGGACAAAUCUAACCUAAGGAUUGCUCCAACUAUCCUGCUAGAUGUUCCUCGAGACUCUCUGAUCAUGAGUGAGGAGAUAUUUGGUCCCUUGCUCCCCAUACUCACGGUUGACAAAAUAGAGGAUAGCUUUGAUAUUAUUAACUCGGGAACAAAGCCACUUGCAGCAUAUGUAUUUACCAACAACAAGAAGCUCAGGGAGCAAUUCGUGACAAUGGUCUCAGCAGGGGGUGUGGUUGUCAAUGACACUACUUUACAUCUUGCAGUAUCCAGUCUGCCAUUUGGGGGAGUCCAGGAGAGUGGGAUGGGAUCGUACCAUGGGAAAUUUUCUUUUGAUGCUUUUAGCCAUAAGAAGGCAGUUCUGUACAGAAGUUUUGCUGGUGACGCGGCUUUGAGAUAUCCACCAUAUACACAGGGGAAGCUAAGAUUGAUGAAGGCUCUUAUGUCUGGUAGUAUAAUCGGCAUAAUUCGUGCCCUUCUCGGAUUCCCUAAGGCUUAAAAAGAUCUCUGAAUGUGUGUAAAGUUCUCUUUCUCUGUAAUUCUCUGCGUAUUUUGAUGUACUCAAUCGGUUCAGAUUACAUUUUUACUUGUAUGUUUUAAUUUCACCGAGACUGAUUUGUUUUGAAUAUGUGAGUGCAAUUGAAGUGUGUUCAUGCAAUUUGUUUAUUUA